AUGUGGAACUUUACUUCAUCAAUUCCCAUUGUAAAUACUCCUCAUCAUUUGAAGGAUAAAGUUUCCCCUAUGGAUAUGCCAGAAGAUCUACCAACGGAACCCAAGAAAGGUGUUUCAAAUGCUGAUUCAUCAAUCAUUCAUUGUAUGGUCUCAGGUGGUGUUGGUGGUGUUAUCGGUGAUACUGUAAUGCAUUCACUAGACACGGUAAAGACUAGACAACAAGGUGCACCAAAUAUCCUAAAGUAUCGGAAUAUGAUACAAUCGUAUAACACAAUAUUCAUCGAGGAAGGAAUACGAAGAGGCCUGUAUAGUGGUUACUCGGCAGCUAUGUUAGGUUCAUUCCCAAGUGCAGCUAUCUUUUUUGGAACGUAUGAAUUCACCAAAAGGAAAAUGAUUACAGAUUGGGGGAUCAAUGAUACUACAUCUCAUUUAGUCUCUGGGUUUCUAGGGGAUUUUGUGUCAAGUUUUGUAUAUGUCCCAUCGGAAGUAUUAAAGACAAGAUUACAAUUACAAGGUAAAUUUAACAAUGAACAUUUCUUUUCAGGUUAUAAUUAUAGAAAUCUUAGAGAUGCUGCAAAAACGAUAACUAAGAAUGAAGGUGUUCGUGCAUUGUUUUAUGGUUAUAAAGCCACCCUUGCAAGAGAUCUACCUUUUAGUGCUUUACAAUUUGCAUUUUAUGAAAAAUUUAGAGAAGCUGCCUUUUCUUUAGAUGAAAAAAAUAAAAAUUCUAAAAAUCUGGCAUUACCUUUUGAAAUUCUUACAGGGGCAGCCGCAGGUGGUUUGGCAGGAAUCAUUACGACACCUUGUGAUGUGGUAAAGACAAGAUUACAAACUCAGCGAACUCCGAGUAACAUACCAAACGGUUCGACUACCACUACACAUAUCCCUGUAACUAAUAACUAUAGCAAUAAUAAUAAAAGACAGCCAGUCGUCCUUACCGACUCGAUAUUCAAAAGUUUCAAAAUGGUGUACCGAACAGAAGGCCUCGUAGGUCUAUUUAGUGGUGUUGGACCAAGAUUUGUAUGGACAAGUAUACAAAGUAGUAUUAUGCUCUUAUUAUACCAAAUGACAUUAACGCAGCUGCGUACUUCAUCAAUAUUAUAA